AUGAAGCUCGCCAUACAAGGUUGCAGUCACGGGGAGCUCGAUGCCAUCUACGCCUCCCUCCUCCGCACCGAACGCGAGCAAUCCCUCCAAAUCGACGCCCUCCUCCUCUGCGGUGACUUUCAGGCGAUCCGCAACCACGCCGAUCUGCACGCCCUCGCCGUACCUCAAAAGUACCGCCAGCUCGGCGACUUCCACUCGUACUACUCUGGCGAGAAGGUCGCUCCUAUCCUCACAUUAGUGAUCGGCGGUAAUCAUGAGGCGAGCAACUACAUGCACGAGCUGUACCAUGGAGGCUGGUUGGCUCCCAAUAUUUACUUUCUGGGCGCUGCUGGUGUCGUAGAGCUCAACGGUCUGGUUGUGGCGGGGAUAUCGGGCAUAUACAAGGGAAAUGAUUAUCGCAAAGGGAGAUUUGAGAUGCUGCCUUACGAUGCAAGCACGAUCAGGAGCUGCUAUCAUACCAGAGAGUUUGAUGUGGUCAGGCUCAAGGCGUUGAAGGAUGAGCAAGUGGAUAUCGUGCUGUCGCACGACUGGCCAAAUACGAUCGAACAGUGGGGCGAUACACAGGCAUUGAUACGGAAGAAGCCCUUCUUCAAGGACGAGAUACAGACAAAGACGUUAGGUUCGCCUCCGUUGAUGGAACUCUUGCAAUGCCUGAAGCCCACAUUCUGGUUUUCAGCGCAUCUGCACGUCAAGUUCGCUGCUCUGUUUCACCAUGAUCAGACAGCUUCAGCAGCAGAGCCUUCGACCGUGGUAGCUCCAAAGACGAAUGCUAACCCAGAAGCCCUCGACAUUGACCUGGAUUCGGAUGUCGACGACGACGCAGUGCCGCAGUCUCCACCAGCACCCUCCACCAGCACCAACAUCACCACCAACAGCACCCUCAACAACCCGGGCGCAACCACCCGCUUCCUCGCACUGCACAAAUGCCUUCCUCAAACACAUUUCCUCCAAAUCAUCGACCAUCCUUCCCCACACGACGUCCAACUCGAAUCGCGCAAAUCCGCCCUCAACUAUACCCAGCGCAUCCCGCCCACGUUGCGGUACAACAAGCGAUGGCUCGCCACCACACGCGCCUACCACCCGCACUUUUCCCUGCAGUAUCGUCAAUCUGACCUGCCCAACCCUGGCUCCACCUCGCUUUCCGAGAGGAUUCGGGAAGAAGAAGAGUGGAUCGAGCAGAACUUGCUCUCUCAAGCAACGACACGUAAUGGCGGGAAGCGCAAGCAGGACGAGUUGGAUGGAUCGAGAGCGUGCAGCCCCGACAAGGAGGGGGAGGAAGAUGAUGCGGGCGGGUUGGAUGUGUAUCGGGUACAGCGGUUCGUGCGUACUGCUCCGGCACCGUUUGAACCGGGAGGAUUGAGUCAGGCGCCUCCGGCGUGGUACACGAAUCCUCAGACCGAAGCGUUCUGUGGCUUUUUGGGUAUCGAGAACAAGAUCAAUCCGAGACCGGGUUUCUUCCCACCGACCACUUCUCAGAUGCACGCGCAGCAGCCGUUCCAAGCACCGUACGACGUGCUACAAGCUGCUGUCGAUGGUCAAGAUCUUUCAGGGCAACAUGACCAGGAGGAGACGACGGAUCCAAACGCACUCGCCAUCGACAUGGACGAUCUCGAUAGCGAUUGUGCCGAUGCCACCACACAGGCAGCUGACGACAAUCACACACAACAUCAGCCUGACGAGAGGCAAGCAGUGCUCACUCUAUCCGACGACGACGACGAGCUGAAUGCUCGAUGGAAAGAAGGCACUGGCUGA